AUGGACAACUUGUUCGACAUCCUCGAGGACGACACGAAGCUGAAGAAGCCUGUUGAGUUUGGCGAGCGAACUGUGAUCCACACCGUUGACUCCUACACGAUGGACAACACUGUCCACGAGGCAGUGACUCCGAACAAGGAGGCCUACACCAAAUUAGACAUAAAUCAGCCACUUCCUGCGAAAGACUACGCCUUCAAGUUGGACACGUUCCAGCAGAUCGCCCUUGCUGCAAUUGAGGCGGACCGAAGUGUCCUGGUCUCCGCCCACACCUCCUGUGGGAAGACGGUUGUUGCUGAAUACGCAAUUGCCAAGUCGAUUGGAAACAAGCAGCGAGUGAUCUACACCAGCCCAAUCAAGGCGCUCUCGAACCAGAAAUUCAGGGAGUUGCAGGAGGAGUUUGGUGAUGUUGGGCUGAUGACUGGUGACGUCACCCUGAACCCCGAGGCCACGUGCCUGGUGAUGACGACUGAGAUCCUCCGAAACAUGCUCUACCGCGGGGCUGAGAUCACCCGUGAAAUCCACUGGAUCAUUUUUGAUGAAAUCCACUACCUGAAAGACAGGGAAAGAGGGGUUGUCUGGGAGGAGACGAUCAUUCUGGUCCGCGACUACGUGCGACUGAUCUUCCUCUCGGCCACGAUUCCAAAUGCGCGUGAAUUUGCCGAGUGGAUCGCACGAGUCCACGGCCAGGUCGUCCACGUCCUCUACACCGAAAACCGCGUCAUUCCACUGGUGCACUAUUUCUACUCCGACAAAAUGUACGAAAUCAGGGGCGAAUCAAAGACGGCUGCGAUCUCCCUUGAGAACGUGGCUGCGAGCCAGGAGGCCGUGAUCAGGCGAAACGAGACGGCCGAUGCGCUGCUCGCCUGCCUCGAUUCCAUCAACCUCCCUGCCGUCGUCUUCUCGUUCGCCAGGACGCGAUGCGAAUACUUCGCAAACAAAGUCACCAGAAACCUCCUGACCGCGGAUGAGUCCGCCUUGGCAUCGACGAUCUUCGAAAACGCGAUUCAGUCGCUCUCUGAGGAGGAUCGUGGCCUUCUGGCGGUGCAGUCGAUGCGAGACCUCUUUGUUCGUGGAGUCGGCGUCCACCAUUCCGGGCUGCUUCCGAUCGUGAAGGAAAUCGGCGAAAUCCUCUUUCAGGAGGGGCUCAUUCGAGUUCUCUUUGCGACCGAGUCAUUUUCAAUUGGGCUGAAUAUGCCAGCAAAGACAGUUCUGUUCACGUCACUGAAGAAGUUUGACGGGGUGGAAGAGCGUGCCCUGACACCAGCAGAAUACUGCCAGAUGGCUGGGCGAGCAGGAAGAAGGGGACUCGAUCACCUCGGGGUCGUCGUGAGUCUGGUGACUGAGAAGAUGCAGACUGAGGACGUGCUACGGAUGUUCCAAUCAGCAGCUGAUCCACUCAAUUCAGCAUUUCGCCUGACUUACAACAUGAUACUCAACUUGAUGCGCAUAGAGGAGUUGGAUCCAACCUACUUUCUGGAAAGGAGCUUCUACCACCACCAGGCGCAUUCAGCAGCAGCAAGGAGGAACUUCAGUCUACGCGAAUUCGACGAUGAUUUUGGAAUUCUGGAUCAGAUCACCAGAUACGGCAAGUUGCUUCUGAAAGAGGGAAGUGCCCUUGUUUCAGAAUAUCGAGAUGGGCUGAUGGCAGACAGAAACAGGCUGGUUGAGAUCACCGAAUUUAAGGAGGGCUGUUUCAGUCGAAUUGAAGUCGGUGUCCUGGUUCAGUUUAAGACAAGUCACCAGGGUGGACCAGACUCAGUCACAGUUGGAUUCGUAUGCGAUGGAGCAGUGGUUCAGAAGGACUUUCUGGCUGAAAAUAUCACAGGAAUAUUCGAUAAGAAAAUCAAGAGAAUCAGUGACAUUAAAAAAGUAGUGUCGAUGGGAGUCGAACUCACCAGAAUUGGUGGACGUGAUUCAUCAGGUAGAAAUGAGCUGAUGGAUUUGAGAAGUAGAAUUCUGGCUGAUUCCAGGGUAGCAGCCCCAUUCCGCCUGAUGAUGACCAACUGCUGCAUUCUUUGUGGAAAGCAGACCUGUCUCUUUUCUGAUGAUGAAAUCAGUCUGGAUCCUCCUGAUUCCAUGAAUCAGACAGUCUAUAACUACCGUAAGACAGUCGUAAACAGAAUCAGACUCAAUCAGCAGAAUGAGCGUAUUUCUGAACUAAGGAAACUACGUGAAAUCUACCACAUGGAUGAGUGUAGGAAGAUGAUUGGAGUUCUACGCGAUCUCGACUUCCUGGACGGCAACACCGUCAAACUGAAGGGGAAGAUGGCAUCUGAGAUAUCAUCAGCCGAUGAGAUUCUUCUGACUGAAAUGAUAUUCAAUAGCGCAUUCAACCGCCUUACAAUUGAGAAUGUGGUUGCACUGGUGAGCAUUCUGGUCACUGAAAGAAGCAAAGAGGGAAAUGACAUUGUUCUGAGUGACGCAAACAUCAAGGCAGUUGAACUGUUCAAUGCUUCAAUUGAUAAAAUAGUUGAAUCACUGAACAGAAAUGGAAUUGAUACCACUCGAACUGAGUACGUCCAGAACUACUCAUUUUACAUGAUGGACAUUGUGAAGUUGUGGAUGGGUGGAGCAUCAUUUGCUGAAAUAUGCAAGGGCACAAACGUGUUUGAAGGAAGCAUCAUAAGAAGUUUCAAGAGACUCGAGGAAUUAUUGAGACAACUAAGCAGUGCUGCAACUGUCAUAGGCAACAAUGAGUUGGUGAACCUGUUUGGUCAAGGAAUAUACCUGAUUAAGAGGGAUAUUGUAUUUGCAAACAGCCUAUACAUAUAA